AUGAAGAAAAACAAUGCUGGUAAUGAGGAUUCUUACUAUCGUCGGUUCAAGGAUGACAAAGAUUGCUCUUGUUCUACCAAGAGAAAAUCUCACUAUCGUCGGUUCAGAUAUCCAAAGAAUUCUUACUCCAGGAGAAGAUCCAGAAAGCCUUUCCUGAGAUACUUCAGGAGGCGCAGACCUUAUUCAAAGAAAUCUGACAGGUGCUACAUAUGCAAGAAAAAGGGGCAUUUUGCAAAAAAUUGUCCUAACAAGACAAAAAAGGAUGUCAAGAUGCUAGAACACUUGCAGACUGUUCUUAUGAUCAAUGAAGAUGAAGAUAUAGAAUCUGUGAUCGAAGAACAAGAUGCUCAGAAUGAAGAAACACAAUAUGUUCUUCCUUACUCUGAGGAUGAAGAAACUGAUUCUGAAUCCUUUUCUCAGGAAGAUGAUAGUCCUCAAAGGUAUUUAUAUUCCUUUGAACAGCCUGUGCAUCCGUCUUCUUUCCUUGGUUCCGUGGCUUCUCAGCCAGAACACAACAAAAUCACUCCUAAGCCAAAUGUCAAAAUUCAUAUCCUUCCAGGAAGAUAUGAAAAGCCAAUUCCUGUUAUUGCUUUUAUUGAUACUGGAGCAUGCAGAACCAUCAUGAACCCUGAUAUUCUUCCCCCUGAAGCAUGGAUCCCUUGUGAUCAAUUUUUCCUUACUGCUAAUUCAAAGCCCUUCAAGAUUGAAUGGAUAACUCGCAGGAAGAUUGGUAUUCAAUUCUUUCCAGGAUGUGUUCUAUGGAUGAAAGUUCUUGGUAGUGAUCUCCCGGGGAAAGAUAUUCUUAUUGGAUUUGAUGCUUAUAAUCAUACUAGGAAUCUUCAAGUCUUGCCUAAAGGAAUUAGAUAUAAAAGUUUCUUUAGUGCAUAUACUGAAGUUCCUAAUCUCUUUGAGAUCCAACAGGCACCACCAGGAUAUGAAGAUAUUCGAGAUCAUCUUCUCAAGUUUUGUGCUGAUAAUCAUCAACAGUUCUCUCAUCCAUUUCCAUUAUGGAAAAACCAAGAAUUUUUCAUAAAACUCCCCUUCAAGAAGAAUGAAGACAUCAGCCCCACGAAAGCCUCUCAUCCAGGAAUGAAUCCAGAAGAUCUCAAGCUCGCCAAAGAGGAAUUUGCUGCACUACUCAAACAAGGCCUUAUUGAACCAACAAAAUCUAAUUGGGCUUGCCAGGCAUUCUAUGUUGAAAAAAGAUCAGAAAUUAAAAGAGGGAAGAAAAGGUUAGUCAUUGACUAUAAGCCUCUUAAUAUUUUCCUUCAAGAUGACAAAUUCCCUUUACCAAAGCCCAGUUCACUUACAGUCCAUCUUAGAGAUGCAAAAAUCUUUUCCAAGUUUGAUCUUAAAGCAGGAUUUUGGCAAUUGGGUAUCCACCCAGAAGAUCGACCCAAAACUGCCUUCUGUAUUCCAAACGCCCAGUACCAAUGGACUGUCAUGCCAUUUGGGCUUAAGGUCGCCCCAUCACUGUUCCAAAGGCCAUGA